ACACACACACAAUAUCCUCCUAUGCUUCAUCUUCCCCAAAGCCACUGUGCUUGUGAACCCAAAGUUUACAAAAAACUUUAAACAAAACCAACCCCUUUGACCCAUUACAACUUAUAAUCUCUAUGUGGGUUACAGCAAAGCAUCAAUCUUGCAUAAAUAGUUGUACUCUAUGCAUUAGAAGUUGUACAUGCAGUCAUCUUCUCUCUCAUUAAUCCCAAAACAAGUCCAACCGUUCCUAACAUUUUUUUCUCCGCUUCUUCAUCUUCUCUCUCUAAAAUCUUUUAGUUUUUUACCCAGUUCAAAAAACCCAAUCUUUUUCUCUCUCUCUCUAGUUUCUCUCUCUAAAAAUCAUUGCUUUUAUGUAUAGAGAGAGAAAGAAAAUGGUGGGUUAGUGAGUGAGAGCGACUGUGGUUACUGGGUUUCUUCUUGUUUCUUGUUUUUUUUGUUUUCUUUUCUUUUCUUGACCACCAUGGAUACAGUUGAAGCUACAAAAAUGGUGAUGUCAAGAAUCCAGAAAUUAGAUCCAGAAAACGCUUCCAAAAUCAUGGGUUACAUCCUCAUUCAAGACCAAGGAGAUAAUGAGAUGAUAAGGCUCGCUUUCGGCCCCGAAAACCUCCUUGUUUCCGUCAUAAAACAAGCCAAAUCUUUCUUAGACAUUUCGUCGAACACUUCAUCUGCACAAAACCCAUCUUCACUAUUUCCCCACAGAAACUCCCCACAAAUCGUCAUUCCGAAUAAUGGGUUUCACAACUUAAACCCUCCGUCCCCUAGUUCUCCAUGGUCGUCGUUCUCCGACCACCGUAGCAGCCCUAGACCCGCGUCGUACGCUUCCGUUGUUAACGGUGGUUCAUCUGGGUCAUCAUUCUUCAACAACUUCAACGACCCCACUGAAGAGUUCGGUACUUCCGAUCAACUUCCGAUGAAGUUCAACGACAGCCCUUUUGGUACGGAAGCUUCAAACUGGAACAUGGAGUCUGGUAACAACUGUGGUGACGUACACCACCACCAUUUACACCGGAGAAGUUGUUCAGUAAACGACGCUUUUUUAACCGGAAACGACGACGUUAGUGGCGGAUUUGGUGGGUGGAGACCGUGCAUGUAUUACGCUAGAGGGUUUUGUAAAAACGGUAAUUCUUGUAAGUUUUCUCAUGGUGGUUAUGGUGAAGAUUUAGGUUCUCCGACCGGUGUUGUUGGGUCUCCGACCGGCAAGAUUGAUGUUCUUGAUGAUUUGAUAAGAAUUAAAGCUAUUCAACAACAGCAGCAGAGGAUUGCAGCCAUGGGUGGUGCAGGGGUUCCCCCUUUUCCUUUCAAUAGGUGCAUGAACUUUCUCAAUGAGAAUCCUAGAUCACCAACAGCUGGAUUGAUGAUUGGGGAUGAGUUUCAUAAAUUUGGUCGGUGUCGACCCGAUCGGGGUGAUUUUGGGCCGAUGGGUUUUGGGAAUGCGAAUUCGAGUUCUCGACAAAUUUACUUGACGUUUCCUGCUGAUAGUACUUUUAAAGAAGAAGACGUUUCGAAUUACUUCAGUAUGUUUGGACCGGUUCAAGAUGUGAGGAUCCCGUAUCAGCAAAAACGGAUGUUCGGUUUUGUUACGUUUAUGCUCCCAGAAACCGUGAAAGCAAUUCUUGCGAAAGGAAACCCUCACUUUGUUUGCGAUUCACGGGUGCUUGUUAAACCGUAUAAAGAAAAGGGCAAAAUACCAGACAAGAAGCAUCAACAACAGAUUGAAAGAGGGGAUUUUUCCGGUUGUUUGAGUCCAACCGCACUGGAAUCCGCUGAACCGUUUGAUCAUAUACCAUUUGGUGCUAGAAUGUUCAAUAAUGACAUGAUGUUAAGACGAAAAUUAGAGGAACGGGAAUUACACCAAGCGAUCGAACUCCAAGACAGAAGACUAAUGAAUCUGCAGUUGGCUGAUGCAAAACACCGUCUGUUUCAACGGAGUUUAUCUCUAGGCGACGCUGUUUCUUCACCAACUCAAAUAAACCAAAAUCUUGCGUUCCCGUCUGAUAACAACAAUGAAGAACUUGUUUCUGCAGCACCGAACGAUGAUUCUGAUCCCAAUGUCCCAACAGAACUAAAGGAAGAAAACUCUGAUCAGAAUGAAACUGCUAAGAAUGAAAGCUUCGAGCACGCACUUCCUGAUAACUUAUUUGCUUCCCCUACAAAAUCGGCCACCGCAGACCCGACUAAUUUUUCAACUGAUAUGCCUGAAGCCGAUUAUUCUGCCGCAAUUCCAAUUCAUGUUUCUUCUAAAUGCCAAGCCAUUGAAAUGUAGGUGAUUUUUGGCUGUGCGACGGGAUCAUGGAUCACAACUUUAAUUUUGCUUUGGAGCAGGAUAUACUCGAAGGGGAAAACCGAAAACCGAAAACCAUCAUCAACACCAAAAAGAAAAAGAAAUAUAUUAUUAGGAAGACUUGAAGACUAUUGUCAUCUUCAAUACCUACCUCCCAUACUACUUACAACUAUAUAUGCAAUACAUAAAGAAAAGCAAGGAUGAUAGAUGAACUGAUUUUAUGACAGUAGGGUUUCUUUGUUUGUUAACUUUUGUACCCUUUCCUUCAACUGUGUGCUGGACCCCCCACCAAACACUCAUUGAACCAUGCAUAUAACAAAUCAAAAGAAAAAGGGUAGUAGUGGUUAGCAACUUUCUUUUA